AUGAACCCCGCGGAUUUAGCAUCACAUGGAUGUUCCACUCACGAACUUUUGUCAAGUGAUAAGUGGUGGAAAGGAGGUCCCAUGCAUGACCUAGAUAGUCUUGAAUUCAAGGAGAAAAUAGCCAACCCGUUCCAAUUUGAAAACACUAUAAUUGCUGCGACCGUCUCGUCUGCAACAAUUCCCCGACACAACCUAAACAAUAUUAUAACCUCAGAAGAACCAACAACUUAUCUUAAAACACUUUUAAAGUAUAAAGCUUUAGGAUGCGUAGUUCAAAUUCUGUUUGAACGCCUAAGCCACAAACCAGCGCUCCAAGCACGCCUGCAAAACGUAUUUGCUGCUCUGACACUCAUACGCCGCAACUCGCGUCAAGGUCUUAAUGAGGGAGCACUGGUCAUCAUGACCAUAGCACAUCAACAAAGCGGAGUCUUUAGCAGAAAUAAAAUAGAGGCUAUGAAACUAGAUCUUUCUAUUGACCGUUAUGGUCUCAUGGUUAUGAGAGGCAGGAUACGACAGGAGUAUCAGGAUGAUAGUUUCGCUGCACAUCCCUGGGUCAUUGAAGGAAAGUCAAACUUCGCUGAAGCCUGUAUCAUUCAAUUCCAUGAGAAAAACAUGCAAUGUGGCUCAAAAACCACCCCUAGUAAACUUAGAAGGAUAUUCUGGCCUAUACCAGCAAGACAUACAGUCAACAGCAUCAUCUCAAAGUGCUAUUUUUGUAAGAGGAACAAUAAGAGACCCUUUCCUACACCCCCGUUUCAAAUGCUACCUCAGUCCCGUUGCGUUCCGUCGAUACCGUUCAACUACAUAGGUAUGGAUGAAGCUGGUCCCUUCAUAAUCAAAGAGAGGUCAUCUUGA